CUCGGCAUUUGGUCUGGGGUUCAGCGGUUCCCCGCGUGUCCCCAGACGCCCUUUGAUAUCUAGGGUCUCCUAGAGGGGGGCUUUGCGGGACGGGGGGCCGUCUCCCCAGCCACCGGCGUUCCCGGAGACCCUGGGAACUCAGGAAAAACCCAUGUGGCAUCCUGAAUGCAGAUUCCCUUCAGGUUUUGCUUGGGGUCUUUGCGGCCGCAUCAUUUCCCACCUCUGUGCCUCGGUUUCCCUUGAGGAACAGCAGCUCCAGCUUUUCAGAGUUUCAUAGAAGUUUCCAGGGCCAGCUUCUGUGAUGUCAUCCCCCGGAGGAAGUCAAGUCCGUAAGAUGAGGUUCUCCAGCUUUGUACGAAAGGUGCUGCUGGAGGUGCCGUCCCCAACAGAGCAGGACUGGCCUCAGGACGAUGAAAAGGAUUUUGCCUUCAAAGAUUCAGAACAGGAGCUGGAAUCCCUGCCUCAGCCUUACCGAAUGAUCAACAAGAUGGUGAACCUUCUGUUUGACCAGGCUUGGGAAGUGAUCAUGAAGAGGGAUGCGCUGAGGGAAGCGGAGCACAGCCGGGUCCAGCCCACCAUCUACCUUCCGCUUGUAGAAAGCAAGCUCAACAAAAUGCCAAAUUGUAUGGCUGUUUCCCAAGACUAUGUGUUCAUUGGAGGAGCCAAAGGGUUCUCCAUCUAUAAUCUGUACGAUGCUAAACGACUGUAUAUUUGGGAGAAACUUAAGGUUGAUGUCACUUCCAUCUGGGCUGCAGAUUUGGGGAGUGAAAUACUUAUUGCUCCUGUGGAUGAAACGGGUAUCGCCAGACUGUUUUAUUUUUGUAAGGAUGGUCUUUUCCUAAUCAAAGCCAUCAAUGAAGUGGACGAUACCAGCAAGCAAACCACCUGUCUGAAGACGGAGAUCUCCCACGGAGGCGACUUCGCAGGCUUCCUCCUACAAGGAGCCGGAGAGAUUUGGCUGGAUGUGUACAGAUUGCCCAAGGAGUCUUGGCUCAAGGAAGUGGAGCACCCCCAACUUGCUAUAAAUCCAAAGAAGAAAGUCAGACAGUUGCAACUGAAUACUCCUGAUUCUGUGACUUCAGAUAAUUUGGAAAUGGAUAUAAACAUUUGUUUUAGAGGAGACAUUAAGUUGAGUCUGCCAGUUCACAUAAUGAAGAUCAAACCACCCAAACCAGUUACAGGUACCACAUUUAAAAGCCCCCUGGAAGUCUUUGCAAAGAUUGAGGACUGCUACGGGCUGGGCUCAGGGCAGAACCACUUCAUCAAGGACACUCAGUGGGAGCAGCAGGAGGCCAUCUUCAAAGCCUUGUUCAAGAAGUACCUGGACGGAGAGUGGGGGGAGGAGCGGCUCAGUAUGGCCACGUUCCACUUCCUCCUUCCUGGCCGCGUCACCACCAUGCCAGCGGACGUCAAGGGCCCCUCGGGGGUAGCCUGUGUCCUUGGCAUACACUGGACCGGAAACCACAACUUCUUCCUCUAUUCACUUAACCGAACUCUGAAGGAUAAAGCCGACCCGGAGGGCGUGUGGCCCUGUGCUGCACCCAUUGCUGUCUCUCGGCUCAGCUGCUGCUGUUCCUACCUGGUGCUGGCCUGCGAGGAUGGCGUGCUCACGCUGUGGGACCUGGCAGAAGGUUUCCCUCUUGGGGUCGUCGCUCUUCCCAAGGGAUGUUCCUGCCAGAGUGUUCACUUCCUCAAAUACUACUUAGUCCACCAGGGACAGAACGUGUAUCCUGAGGGGCCCUUGAAAUCCCACAUGAAAUGUGUGGUGCUGUGCACAGAUUCUUCUGUCCAUCUGGUGACAGCCAGGGGGACCCAAGAACCCACCAUCAGUGUGCUGGUUGAGAGGCCGGUAAAGUACCUGGACGAAGCCAUCUGUGCAGUGGCCCCAGUCCCAGCCUUACCUGGCAUGGUAGGUUCCUCACGCCCCUCACUCCUCUUCAGCAAGCGUGUUUGUUUUCCCUUCAAAGACUGUUUGUUGGAGGCCUGUCAAGUGCGAGGCACUAGACUAGCUUUGGGGCGCACAGGGACGAAAGAGCAAGCCGCCGCCCUCGCAGAUCGCACGGCUCAGCUGGGAAGGCAGACGAAUCACCGCGCAGCUGCCCUGGGAGACGAGAGAGGCUGUGAUGCGCUGGGCCCUGGAUGCCACAGAACAGAGACAGGGCUCACCACCUCAGCCUGCAGAAGUCAGUGGGGGCGGGGGGCUGCUUUCGGGAGGAAGCGACAGGACGGGGCAGAGAAGGUGAGGAUGCACUCUCAGGUGUUGGAGUGUGAGGGGCGGGGAGGUGGCGUGGCAGCUGGAGGACCAUUCGAUCAGGCGCAUCUAGCAGGUUCACCUACAGGGAGGAAGGAGCCAGGCAGGAGAGAGGCCGGUCUCCGAACCCGGGCCAGGAAGGGCCAUGGGAUGGAGCGGGGUCUCCGAGGAUGGGGAGGAAAGCAUACGUGUGCUGAGGGCGGCACUGCGUCCGGCCACGUGGAGGGCCAGCUCCUGGACAGGGAUGCUGGUGAGCCAGAAGAGAAGCCGGGGCAGGAGUGGGGAGCGCCACCCAGCAUCAGACACGGCACCUGGAAAAGGGCCUGUUGCUGCUGGGGACACCGGAGAAGUAAACACACACAUUUCUCUGCUCCCCGAGCAAAUCCGUCCUCUCUGUUGCUGGCCUGGAUGUCCAGCUGCCUCUCUUAUUCCAAACGGGGGUGACAGAGAAGUCCCCGUUGCCAUCCCUUUGCUUCCCAGGUGCUGACCUUUUCCAGGAAUGGCUCUGUGCAGCUCAUGGACGUGGCCAAGCCCCAGAUCAUCUGUGCCUUUGCUCCACCCAGAACCUACCAUCUGGCAGUGCCCUGGACGCCUAUGUUUGUCGUGUCUUUGCACCGCCCGUGU